ACUGUGGGCCUUUCUAGGGGAGGGCUGGAAGCUGGCAGGCUUCCUUAACUCACAGAGCUAUUUAGAGCUCUGGGAUUGGUGCCCACACCCUGGGAGCUAGCAUUCCUAAUUAAGGGAGGUGGCCUGAAAGAGAGCUUUCAAGUGGAUUCAGCAUUCUACCCCGGGGCCCUCUCCAAAAGUCCCUUUCCUUCCCUCCCCGCCAACGCCAAACGCCUAAGUUUACUGAAGACUCAGCCUGACAGCAAAAGAAACAAGCAGCAUUCUCAUGGUGAGAACCCUGGGUUUGUAGACCAUGCAGAGGAUGGAGAGGCACAUGGUCAGGGGACCACUGUAUAAGCACUUCGAUUGGGAGAGGAAGAGCGCCAAGCAGGCUGAGGCUAGACUCAGCCAAAGACUGCAGAGACUAGAGGAUAUCUGUCUGUACCACAUGAAGCUGCUGACCAGGGAGCAGAGACAGCUCCAGAAAGAACUGCAGAGGUUGCAGCAAGCAGAUAUCAUCAAGAAAAAGUUCUCCUCUUAUUUUGGAAAUGGGAUUCAGCAAAGACCAGAAGAUGUUCUCGUGUUCUCACCACACGGGGAGCAGAAGCACAGAGUUCCACAGGCUAAUAAAGUUAGAGCUCUGGCAGCAAGUGUGACCCCCAAAAUAUACAAGACCAAGUCCCAGAUGCCUCCUUUCCAUCGCACUGGCCUCAAGGACCCCAGGAGAAGCAAAGAGCAGUUGCCAUCUCAAAACGACAAAACUCCCGACUUCAUAGAAGAGAAGUCACAAGCCCAAGAGAACGAUUCUAUAAACCCACCGAAGGGCAAAGACGCCAAUACGGGCAUCUCUCUUUUAUGUCAAGAUCAAGAAGUCUCUACCCAAACCCCAGACCAAGGCCUCAGUUCCAGCCCAGCUGGUGACAGUGGAAUGGCACAUGUUGAUGAGACCAGAUCAAAAGAUGCCGAUGGAAACCUGGACCACGACACUGGGAAACAAAUUCCCCCGAACCCCAUGGAAUGUGCAGGAAACUUCAAAGUCAAGUCCACAACGUCAACCUACUUAGAGUUGUUUGCAAAGGUCAGAAACGCCCACUACCUCCGGCACAGGGUCCCUCCUGAGUCUGAGAGAUUGCUUAGCCUUGGGGAGAUAUUCGGGCACAAGGAAUCCUUGUAGUUCAGAGCAGGAAAGGGGUGUGAGAACAGGGCGAACAUCUCAGUUACUUCCUCUCUAGACAUCUAAUAAACCUCACAAUAACAUGUAUCAUAAUCGCUAAAGAAAUGCGUUCCUCAAGUGACUGUAGUCAGCAACACAAAAUAUAUAUAUGUCAAUUUUAUUUUAAACCCUCAGGUUUUUUUUCUUUUACUGGAAUAUAAUCUUUCACUGAAUGAGCAAUGCUAGUACAUAAAAAAUGAGGGGAGAGACGAAUCUUCUGAAAACACUUUAAUCGAUGCACAUGUGUUGCUAAUGUCAUCAAAAAUAUAAAUCUACAUUGAUGACUUUUCCUGAAGGGAAAAAUAUUAAGGGCGGGGUGGGGGGGGUAGGGGUGGUGGCGACUCCUUUGUUAUAGGAGGUUCUUAUGGUGCCACCUGCUGGCAGAAUGGCAUAGCUCUUCUGUUUGUUUUAGUUUCACAUAUAACAGCGAGCAUGGGAACUCCAUUGAACGUAUGUACUAUCAUAUGGUCUAUAAAUAAAACCUGCUCUCCUGCCACAGCUCUGGGCUCUUUCUUGAAGCCCUUUUUUUUGCUUCUUUCCUUUCCAGGUAGCUCCAUUUUCGUUUUCUCGUUCCCACUUUCAACUUGAUACUAUUAAAUCUUUGGAUCCGAAUAAAAGAUUAAUGAACACUACAAGAAAUGUGCUCCCUCUAACAUUUUCUUCCAAGAAGCAAAGCAUCUGGGGAAGGCAGGCCAGGGGUGACAAAAUGGAUUGAUGAAUACUUAAUCUAUGUACGCUAGCCAUGACGGGGCCAGCAGGAAUAGGGACGCGCAGCUGGGAGAAGCUCCUCUGCAAACUGCGCAAGCCCUUUAUUCUAUGUUCUAUCUCCUUGUCUGCUAUUUAAACCCUGUCUGUCUCCAGUACAAUCACCCUCUUGAAAGAUGAGUUCUCAAAAUGAUUUAUCCCACUUCUAAAUGGGUCUUUUCUCUGUGCUCACCAUCACUGGAGACAGGGCCGCCACCAAGGCAGCAGGGAGCAUGACCUCAGUCUAGGGCUCUGCUCCACUUAAUUAAACACCCCCGGUUCUAAAUACACUUCAGUCUGGCGAACCUGAGAAAUAAACAUUCUGCAUGUUCCUCCUUGCUGUCAUGCUUGUAUCUUCCUAUAUUGGAUGGACCAGAUCUGUCUGUAUUUCUAAUGCCAAUAUUUUAUACAUUCUAUUUCAAAGGACAUUUCAUGCAUUGCCACAAAGUUGUGCAUUUACAAAUCUUCUAACCACAUAGAUUAUAUAGGCUUAUCAUUUAGUCAGAUACAUUUUCCUUCUUCAAUACCAUGGAUACAAGGCUUUUCUUGGUACAACUCAACACAAUCAAAGGGAAGGUUGCUGCGUGGGGCCUUGCUUGGUCUAACUCAUUAAAUUCCAAAGAACAGUUUAAGUCUCUCAUCUUCAUGAGGCAUAUUGAGCUCAAGGAUGGCUUGUACCCAAUUAGCUUAAAGUCAUUCAUUCAUACCAGUGGUCUCAACUGGGGAUAAAUCUGCUCCCCAAAAGACGUUUGGCAAUAUCCAGAGACAUUUUUGGUUGUCACAACCCAGGUAGGAGGGUUAAAAGACCCCGACCUAUAUACCAUUCUAUUAAAUCUUGGGAAAAUCCCUCUGAGACAGGAAAUCAGUGAGAUAAUUGCCCCCAAUUUACAGAAAAGAAAAUUGAGGCUCAUGAUAAGCAAAAUGGCUCUCUCCAUACCCGACUGUGAGUGAGGAACAAAGGCCCCCAUGCUGCUUUCCUGUACCAUCCUUCUCUCUCCAAGAGGGUGGGGGGAUGACACAAUGUCCAAUGACUUAUGCCCUCAUUUUCAGUUAUGAAAUACUUUUCAACUCCACAAAUAAAAAUCUUUAACAAUAAAAAUAGAAAGAAAUGGCAAAAAGGAAAAACCCAUACUUCGAUUCUGAGGGACCAUGACAAUUCUUACUAGAUUCAUUCAUUGAUUUAGAGAUGUCUUGAGGAGAGACAGUGUCUUGUCCAUCUACUCCAUCAUGAGGAAAAGGGGGGCUUUCACCAUUACCUGAACCCAUCCAGUGGGGAGGGAAUCCACUUUUCCCCUUGAGGCAGAGGCAUCUGGAAACUCUCAGAGUUUGGCUUCUCACCCAAGGUCUGGAUGUUUUGGAGGCUGCCGAGGGGGGCCCUAAUGGUUCCCACAAUCCUCAGUGUGGGUGGUGAAAUUGGGUAAGCUGCUACCAGUAACACUAGAGGGACCAGCCCCUCUGAGAGUGAAACAGCCCUGAAGACAGGACAGAGGGAGUGCUUUGCCCCCACACCAAGAGCAUGGGGCAAUGGAAGCCUAGGUCCAGUCCAAGCAGAGGUCAAUAGCCCCACGUCACCAACGACAGCAGCUGCAGACAAAAGGGAAGCCAGAGGAGUGUGAACUGUUGCAUGAGCCAACUCCAUCCUUCACGCCAUCCCCACCCCUGGGCAGGCAUUUGGACAUUGAAGGUAGAAGGAGGGAGAGAGGGGAGGCCAGGCCCGGCUCUUCCACUUGAGGCAAGCUCUGCUGGGACAGAGAAAGAGGACUUUCAAUCUGACAAGGAUGAUAAUUAAUAAUACCCAAGUGUGGCUGAAAGACCAUCUACCAGAAAUGAAACUUUUAAAACAGAAGUGACUGCAAGUUACUGCAUCAGACUGGGAUAAGCAAAGUUAGUAGUAGUUAUUGGGAGACAAAAGAAACCCAUCCCAUGUGUACACCUCACCAAGUUGAGAUUUCUCAAUCUAAUGUAUAUGGAGAGGUGCCGUGCUAGGACACAUUUACUGUAAGGAGCACAGGUAUUUAUUAUUUGGUCCUCAUCUCACAUGUGGCUUGGGAUGUGGCCCACUUAAGAUUUACAGGAAAAAAGGUUUUACCUAAUUAGAUGCAAUAUGAAUGAUUUUCCCAUCUUCCCACCACAGUUGUGAAUGUGUUGCUAAUCUGUAUACUAAUGGUAGGCAUCAAUCAAUCAGAAAAUGUCAAUGAAAUUUAAUGUACAGUCAUGCGUCUUUUAACGACCAGGAUAUGAUCCGAGAAAUGUGUUAGGCAAUUUCGUCCUUGUGCAAACAUCAUAGAGUGUACUCACACAAACCUAGAUAGUAUAGCCUACUACACACCUAGGCUAUGUGGUACUAAUCUUUUGGGGCCACCAUCGUAUAUGCAGUCCAUCAUUGAUCAAAACAUCGUUACGCAGCACAUGCCUGUAAUUAGUUCGGUUAUUUUAAAUGGCUCAAUUUUAAUUCCAUUCAAGUUGUACCAUGAAACUGGACAAUGAAGAAAACUUCCUGGUAAAAGGAAAACACAUACGGAUAUAUCCCAAGACUCCAAACACACUCCACACGUGUUGUUUGGAAUCAAACCCAAUACUAGGAUGGACUCUCUCAACUCAAAAUUAUUAUUAAUAAAAUACUAUUUCAAAAGUG